AUGAUCAUCACGCAGUCGAAGCCCUCGACUGACUCGCCGCCCGCCGUGGGCUUCCACUACGAACCCCCCCCGGCAGAGCCCGCACCGCAAGCCCUCGACCCCGGCAAGAUCCUCGUGUCGUUCCUCUUCGCCCCGAUCAACCCGCAGGACCUGCUGGUUAUUGCGGGUCGGUAUCCCGUCAAGCCAGCCUACAGCCACGAUGGCGAACCGAUCCUGGGCUACGACGGCGUCGCCCGCGUCGAGGCCGUGGGCAGCGGCCUCUCCCCCUCACCAGACGGAGCCCCCGCGCUGCGGCAGGGCGAUCUCGUCAUCCCACGCCGUCAUGGGUUGGGCACCUGGCGGAGCCAAGCCAUUCUGGACGCUGUCGAUGUCAUUCGUCUCUCGCCCACCGACGACCUGAUCGGGGCAUCGCUCCUCCGCAUGGCCUUCCUGCCCGCCUACCUCCUCGUCGAGGACGUCGUCGUCGGCAGUUCGCUGAAGCCCGGAGACUGGAUCGUGCAGAACGCGGGAUCCGGUACCAUCGCCCGUCUGGUCGCGCAGUUCGCCCGCAUCAAGGGCGUUCGCACCGCGAGCGUCGUGCGUGACCGGGAUGCAGAGUCGUUGGAGACGCUGAGGGCCGAGCUGCUCGGCGAGGGGGGAGGGGCCUCGAUCGUCAUCACCGAGUCGGAGCUCGCUGGCCGGGGUGUCGAGGCACACCCCGACCUGGCCUCGGCGGCGGGCCGCAACCGCGUGGUCCUCGCCAUCGAUGGCGUCUUUGGCGAGGAGGGCGAGCGCCUCGCGUCUCUGCUGUCGCACGGGGGCACCUAUGUCAACUACGGAUCCCUGGGCGGAGCCGACGGGGCUGUGCGGCUUUCGCAGCGGCUGCUGUUCUGGUCCGAGGUCAGGUUUCGAAACUUUCGUCUCUCGGAGCAGCUGGGGCAGCGGACGCCGGCCCAGAUAGAGUCGACCCUGCUCUGGUUCCAGGACCUCCUGGCCCGAGGGGUCUUGGUGACGCCCCAAGUGCGGAGGAUCCAGGUCCCCGUGUCGACAGGAGACAAGGCCGAGUUCGAGGAGAGGGUCGGCGAGGCGGUGUCUUUGGUUGGCGAUGGUGGCAUUGGGAACGUGAAGCGCGUGCUGGAGUUUAAGCGUACUUUGACGACGGCGUGA